AUGUCUUCUACUACAACUGCUUUAUUCACUCCAAUCAAACUUGGUCAAUACAUUUUGAAACAUCGAGUUGUUUUGUCACCUAUGACUCGUGCGCGUGCUGAUGAUCAUGGUAAUCCUACUGAACAAGUUGUUGAGUACUACAAACAGCGUGCUACUCCUGGUGGUUUAUUGAUUACUGAAGCUACUACCAUAUCUCCUUUUGCUGGUGGCUACCUUCAUUCUCCUGGUGUUUUUACCAACGAUCAAAUCAAGGCAUGGAAAAAAGUAACGGAUGCUGUUCAUGAAAAAGGUGGCAUUAUCUUUAUUCAACUCUUACAUCUUGGUCGUACUACCUUUUCUUCUCUUUUGCCUGAUAAUCAAUCUAUUGUAUCUGCUUCUGAUAUUGCUAUUGAAGGUAUCUCGCAGUUUGGUACUCCUUAUGAAGAACCUCGUCCUUUGGAAGUAGAUGAAAUCAAAUCUAUUACUCAAGAUUUUGCUCAAGCUGCCAAGAAUGCGAUUUCGGCCGGUUUCGAUGGUGUAGAAAUCCAUAGUGGCUAUGGUUAUCUUUUGGAUCAAUUCAUCAACACAUCAAGCAACAAACGAACUGAUCAAUAUGGUGGAUCUAUCGAAAAUCGCGCUCGAUUCACUCUGGAAGUGGUGGACGCUGUUGGAAAGGCUAUUGGUGAUGAUAAGACUGGCAUUCGUCUUAGUCCUUUUUCUGGAUUCCAAGAUAUGAAGGAUGAUACACCUGUUGCUACUUGGAGCUACAUCACUGAACAAAUCGAAAAGAAACAUCCUAGUUUGGCAUAUCUCCAUUUUGUUGAACCUCGCUCUAAUCCCGCUGCCGAUAGUCUGGAACAAGUGGAAGAGGGUGAAGAAGUGGAAACCCUUGAUCCUUUCCGUGCUCUCUGGUCUGGACCUUUUAUCUCUUGUGGCAACUAUACUUAUGGUGCAAACAUGGCUUUCGAUCGUGCUGAACAUUCUCCUAACAAUUUGGUAGCUAUAGGUAGAGCCUUCAUCGCCAACCCUGAUUUGGUGGAACGUUUCCGCAACAACUGGAAACUCAAUCCUUACAAUCGUGCUACUUUUCAUGCCUCAGGAUCUGAAGGUUAUACCGAUUAUUCUUUUUACAAUGCAACGGAUUAGUUUUAUUUUUUUUUAGAUAUCAUCAAUAAA